GGGCGGACGUCCACGCCCAGAAGCGAAGGCUGGGAGUGGGGAUCGGGACGGGAGGGCGGGCGCGGAGCAGGAGGGGACGCGACCCCGCUGCCCCCUCCCCCGAGGGACCGGACGGAAGAAGCCAGGCGAGGGGGGCGGUGUGAGCGGGCGCGGAGGGCAGCACCAUCUGGAGGGGCGGGACCGCGUGGCCUCUGGGGGGCAGGCGAGUGCGUUGGGCAGUGCCAGCUGGGGGCCCUAGGCCAGGGGCGCAGGAGGAGCGGGGCGGACUCAGCCCCGCGCUGCCGGAGCAGCAACCGCAGCGGGUCGGGGUUCUCAGCUGGGGCCCGCAGCAGCUCCGCGGGCUGAAGCUCGGCGUGGAGGAGCAGGGGGGCGUGGGUCCGGCGGUGCAGGAGGAGGGGGAGGUGGGCCCGGGGGUGCAAGAGCGGGGCGGUCGCGGCCACGAGCCCAGCCUGGGGGUAGUGUGGGGGCCGCCGGACGGAGCGGACUGGAGGCAUCCGCCGUCGUGGACGGGCUCUGCGGGCUGGCCUGUGGUGCAGGAGGAGGGGCUAGGGCCCCGCAAGCAGCACCAGGAGAAGGGGGGAGCCAGCCCUGCAGUGCAGGAGCGGGGAGAGGCCCUCGCCGGGGUGCAGGAGCGGGGGGAGGGGAGCCCACGCAGGCUGCUGCAGCACCCCGAGCAACUGUCUGAGUUCGGAGACCGCUCCUGGGAGCGCAGAGAGGAGCCCGAAAGUUCUGGGGAGCAGUACUGGGAGAGCUGCGGGCACAGAAGGGAGGCGGUGGUUCUGGGAGAGGCCCCGGCACGUCGCAAGAGACUCGAGGUAGUGGGGAGGGCCCGGCCAGUGGGGCCCCGGGGGCCUGAGGGGGAGGGGCGCCUAGGGGUGCAGGAAGCGAAUUGGCUGCCUGGGGUGCAGGAAGGACAGGUGGUGCGCGCUGUCCAGGAAACAUACCUGGACGGGAAGGGGUCUCCGGAGGGAGAGGGGCCCCCUGAGGGACACAGAAUCCGGAGGCGCAGGCGGAGGAGGAGGUGGUAACCCCCAGGUCGGCUGCUCAGUAUCAGGAUUAGGGCAGGGCCGAGGUGAAAGCAGGAUGUAGGGGUUUGGGGAGUGGGGAGCAGAAGAGCGUCGUGAACCUGGGAGCUUUGGAAACCACUGUCCGAAAGCAAGCGUCUUGCUGGAUCCUUUUUUGCAACCUCAGCCGGAACAUCCAAAGCUGUGUCUGCAGAGAGGCAGCAGAAGGCCUCAGAACCUGAAAUUCAGGAGCAGAGACCACUGCCCACCCACCCCCCACCCCCUACGUCCUGGGCCAGAGCCCUGGUGACCCCAUCGGGGGUCCAGCUCCGUGGAGAUGCCAGCAGCUCGUCGGUUCCCUGGCCUCGAGCUCUCCUUCCCUCUUCUGGCCAGACUUCGGCGGAGACUCUACACAAGGCUGGGGAGCAGCAGCAUGCAGCCAGAGGAGGGCACAGGCUGGUUGCUGGAUCUGCUGUCCGAGGUGCAGCUGCAGCAGUAUUUCCUGCGGCUCCGUGACGACCUCAACGUUACCCGCCUGUCCCACUUCGAGUAUGUCAAGAAUGAGGACCUGGAGAAGAUUGGCAUGGGCCGGCCUGGCCAGCGGCGACUGUGGGAGGCUGUGAAGAGGAGGAAGGCCAUGUGCAAACGCAAGUCAUGGAUGAGCAAGGGUUCCAUCUGGCCCCUGGCUGCCUUCAAACAGAUGUUCAGUGGAAAGCGGCUGGAGGCUGAGUUCCCCCCUCAUCACUCUCAGAGCACCUUCCGGAAGACCUCGCCUACCCCUGGGGGCCCAGCAGGGGAGGGGUCCCUGCAGAGCCUUACCUGCCUCAUUGGGGAGAAGGACUUGAAUCUCUUCGAGAAGCUGGGAGAUGGCUCCUUUGGUGUGGUGCGCAGGGGCGAGUGGGACGCCCCCUCGGGGAAGACGUUGAGUGUUGCUGUGAAGUGCCUGAAGCCCGAUGUACUGAGCCAGCCAGAGGCCAUGGACGACUUCAUCCGGGAGGUCAACGCCAUGCACUCGCUCGACCACCGAAACCUCAUUCGCCUCUAUGGUGUGGUGCUCACGCCGCCCAUGAAGAUGGUGACAGAGCUGGCGCCUCUGGGAUCAUUGUUGGACCGGCUGCGCAAGCACCAGGGCCACUUCCUUCUGGGUACUCUGAGCCGCUAUGCUGUGCAGGUGGCUGAGGGCAUGGGCUACCUGGAGUCCAAGCGCUUUAUUCACCGUGACCUGGCCGCCCGCAAUCUGUUGUUGGCCACCCGUGACCUGGUCAAGAUCGGGGACUUCGGGCUGAUGCGAGCUCUGCCCCAGAAUGACGACCACUACGUCAUGCAGGAGCAUCGCAAGGUGCCCUUUGCCUGGUGUGCCCCUGAGAGCCUGAAGACUCGCACAUUUUCCCAUGCCAGCGACACCUGGAUGUUCGGGGUGACGCUAUGGGAGAUGUUUACCUAUGGCCAGGAGCCCUGGAUUGGCCUCAAUGGCAGUCAGAUCCUGCAUAAGAUUGACAAGGAGGGAGAGCGUCUGCCCCGGCCCGAGGACUGCCCCCAGGACAUCUACAAUGUCAUGGUCCAGUGCUGGGCUCAUAAGCCAGAGGACAGACCCACGUUUGUGGCCCUGCGGGACUUCCUGCUGGAGGCCCAGCCCACUGACAUGCGGGCCCUUCAGGACUUUGAGGAACCAGACAAGCUGCACAUCCAGAUGAACGAUGUCAUCACUGUCAUCGAGGGGAGGGCUGAGAAUUACUGGUGGCGAGGGCAGAACACACGGACGCUGUGUGUGGGGCCCUUCCCUCGAAACGUGGUGACCUCCGUGGCUGGCCUGUCGGCCCAGGACAUCAGCCAGCCCCUGCAGAAUAGCUUCAUCCACACGGGACAUGGCGACAGCGACCCCCGCCACUGCUGGGGCUUCCCCGACAAGAUCGACGAGCUGUAUCUGGGAAAUCCCAUGGACCCUCCUGACCUGCUGAGCGUGGAACUGAGCACCUCCAGACCCACCCAGCAUCUGGGCAGGGUGAAAAGGGAGCCUCCACCUCGCCCUCCGCAGCCUGUCAUCUUCACUCAGAAACCAACCUAUGACCCUGUGAGUGAGGACCAAGACCCCCUGUCCAGCGACUUAAAGAGGCUGGGCCUGCGGAAGCCAGGACUGCCCCGAGGCCUGUGGCUAGCGAAGCCCUCGGCCCGGGUGCCAGGCACCAAGGCAGGCCACGGUGGCGGUGAAGUCACACUCAUCGACUUUGGUGAGGAGCCCGUGGUCCCAGCCCCUCAGCCUUGUGCGCCCUCACUGGCACAGCUGGCCAUGGAUGCCUGCUCCUUGCUGGACAAGACCCCGCCGCAGAGUCCCACGCGGGCACUGCCCCGGCCCCUGCAUCCCACGCCUGUGGUGGACUGGGAUGCACGCCCGCUGCCCCCGCCUCCUGCCUAUGAUGAUGUGGCCCAAGAUGAGGAUGACUUUGAGGUCUGCUCCAUCAACAGCACCCUGGUGGGUGCAGGGGUCUCUGCUGGGCUCAGCCAGGGCGAGACCAAUUAUGCCUUUGUGCCUGAGCCGGCGCGGCUCCUCCCUCCGCUGGAGGACAACCUGUUCCUCCCACCUCAGGGUGGGGGCAAGCCGCCCAACUCAGCCGAGACCACAGAGAUCUUCCAGGCGCUGCAGCAGGAGUGCAUGCGGCAGCUGCAGGUCCCGGCCGGCUCUCUGGUCCCCUCGCCCAGCCCUGGGGGUGACGACAAGCCCCAGGUUCCACCCCGGGUGCCCAUCCCCCCAAGGCCCACACGCCCACGUGGUGAGCUGUCUCCAGCCCCUUCGGGAGAGGAGGAAGCAGGGCGCUGGCCUGGGCCUGCCUCCCCUCCCCGGGUGCCUCCCCGGGAGCCCCUGUCCCCUCAAGGCUCGAGGACCCCCAGCCCCCUCGUGCCACCCGGCAGCUCCCCACUGCCACCUCGGCUGUCCAGCUCACCUGGGAAGACCAUGCCCACCACCCAAAGCUUCGCCUCAGACCCCAAGUAUGCCACACCCCAGGUGAUCCAGGCACCUGGCUCCCGGGCUGGCCCCUGCAUCUUACCCAUCGUCCGAGAUGGCAAAAAGAUCAGCAGCACCCACUACUACCUGCUGCCUGAGCGCCCGCCCUACCUGGAGCGCUACCAGCGCUUCCUGCGUGAGGCCCAGAGCCCUGAAGAGCCGGCCCCUGUGCCUGUGCCCCUGCUGCUACCCCCACCCAGCACCCCGGCCCCUGCUGCCCCCACUGCCACCGUUCGACCAAUGCCCCAGGCUGCCCCAGACCCCAAGGCCAACUUCUCCACCAACAACAGCAACCCAGGGGCCCGGCCACCAACCCUGAGGGCCACUGCUCGGCUGCUGCAGAGGGGCUGCCCUGGGGACGGGACAGAGGCUGGACGGCCAGCAGACAAGAUCCAGAUGCUGCAGGCCAUGGUGCAUGGGGUGACCACAGAGGAGUGCCAGGCGGCCCUGCAGAGCCACGGCUGGAGCGUGCAGAGGGCUGCCCAGUAUCUGAAGGUGGAGCAGCUCUUUGGGUUAGGUCUGCGGCCACGAGGCGAGUGCCACAAAGUUCUGGAGAUGUUCGACUGGAACCUGGAGCAGGCUGGCUGCCACCUUCUGGGCUCCUGCGGCCCCGCCCACCACAAGCGCUGAGAUGUCUGGAGAGCCAGAGGGUCUGCCCUGAAAGAACCACUUGAGCCUGUCCAGCUGACAAGGGCAGGGAGACGCCCUGCCCAGGCCUGGAGGGCCUGCUGCGCCCGCUGUUCCCAGUGGCAGAGUGAGGCUUAGGCAGCAGGAGGCUGGGAGCACCGCCUCGCCUGUCCCUCCCUCACCCCGUGCUGUCCCUGCAACUUCGGAGCUCUCAUCCCUCAGCCGAGGUGCAGGAAGGAGCCUCUUGAAGGAGGCCUGGGGGUGGCCUCAGCAGGCCCCGCAGCUGACCUGCUUCUGGCUCCAGUCCCUGGUAGGGCCUGUGGCUGGAGUGUGUACCCAGGCCCUGUCGGUGGGGAAGUGAGGCUUGACCCAGGCGAGGAGGGUGUGUUGGCCACACAGAAAGGUGCACCAGCACCAUGGGGGCUGGGCCCUUUAUUAGGGAGCCCCUGGCAGGCAGUUGGGGUGUCAGAAAGGAUGUGACUUACAGCCUCACCAUGGACAUGUUGUAGGACUUGGCCGGUCUUAGGAUCUUGUGCCUGGAAAUAGCCUGAUGUGGCUUGUGUAGCAGAGCAAGGGUGCCAGAUCGUUCUCUGGCAGGGACCAGGGCCCAAGGCCCCAGGGUUGGAAGGAGACCAAGGGGGCAGCUGCCCUGGAGGGACACCAGUGCGUCCUCUUUGACCCAGCUCUUCCCCUGUGCUGUUCCAUGUCUUCCCACCAGCCUCUGUCGCCAAAGUUGCUGCCCCAGCUAUGAAUAUUUGCUUCUUCCAGAGAAAUAAAGUUAGUUUCUAUUUUAUGUUA